GAGGGCGGGUGGGAAGAUGGCGGCCGCGGCGGCUGGUGGGCCGCCCGGGAAGGGGCACGAUAUCAGCCUGGCGGCCCUGCGACGCCACGACCCCUACAUUAGUCGCAUCGUGGAUGUGGCCAGCCAGGUGGCUCUGUACACUUUCUUCCAUCGGGCCAACAAGUGGGAGAAGACUGACGUGGAAGGAACCUUAUUUGUUUAUACAAGAAGUGUUUUUAGUGCACCUGACAUCUUUGUUUCUGGGCCUGUUGAAUACACUGUGGUAUGGUCCUAUACCGCUUAUGCUGUAAGAUGUUAUGCUAUUGAAAUACAUGAAGAUAUUUCAUCCUGCAUCCAGAAGUGUUUCUCCUGCCUCCCCAUGUCUCCUCUUUGUGACAGUUCAUGGACACAGUCACUAGAAUUGCUGAAUUCAUGUCCCGAGUCCUGCCAGUCUUCCAAGUCUGCCUCUCCAAAGCACGGAUUCACCAUUAUGAAUAGGCUCAGCAUGGAAAACAGAACAGAACCCAUUACUAAAGACCUGGACUUCCAGCUCCAGGACCCUUUCCUUCUCUACAGAAAUGCCACAUUGUCCAUUUAUGGAAUUUGGUUUUAUGAUAAGGAAGAGUGCCAAAGAAUUGCAAAACUGAUGAAAAAUCUUACUCAGUGUGAACAGUUGAAAGCCUGUCAUGGAGCUGGAGCAGGAUCCUCCCCAGUGAACCUGAGUUCAGGAGAGGGCAGAGAAGUAGAUAUCUUACAGAUGCUCAACAAGGCCAAAGAUGAGUACACCAAGUGUAAGACCUGUUCUGAGCCAAAACAGAUAACUAGUUCUUCUGCCAUCUGUGACAACCCUAAGCUUAUCAAACCUGUCCCCGUGAGACCCAGUGGCAGCCAGAGGCUGCAAGAAUCCCCUCCCAACAAGACCUUGGACCCUGAGCCCCACCACUUAUCUUUGACAGCUCUAUUUGGGAAACAAGACAAAGCUCCCUGCCAUGAAAUUCUGAAACCCUCCCGGCCCUUUGCCCACCACCACCACCACCACCACCACCACCACUAUCACCAGCAAGAGCAGCUUCCAGUUCAUCAAGGAGUCGGAUGCUUCCUGUCCUCUGAAGAGCCCAGAGUGUUGUCACUCCCUGUGGAGAAGCAGCUAUGCCCAGCCAUUCAGAAACUCAUGGUCGGGAGCACAGGGCUGCACCCGCUGCCGCGCCACCCUGAGCAGUGGCCCUGUGAAGGUGGCAGCCCCAGUCCUACAGGGGCACUUCUUCCUGCUCCUGCCCAGCUGGGGUCCCCCUGGAAUGGUGGGGCGACACACUGUGCACAGAGCACUGGCAGACACCACAAGCUAUUUGACCAGCUUCAAGGUGCCUCAGGGGCAUCACAUAAAUAUAAGCCCUGUGCACCUGCCAGCCUGGCGGUGGCCACUCAGGUGGCUCCAUGCCAAAGCAUGGCCCGGUCACAGCUGGUAUAUUUCAGUGGCCCCCUUCCUUCUCCCACACCAGGACAUCAAGCUCUCAGGAAGGAGCAGUGUGCACUACUAGCUCAAACGCUGCCCCUCUCGGGCAGCCAGGAGAACAGCCCCAGUGUGCUCCCCACUCAGGAGCUGCUAAGAAAGCUCCAGGUCAUACAUCCGGAGCAGCAGCUGCAGGUGGCCUCCCGGCCAGCCUUGGCAGCCAGGUUCCCCGUGUCAGCCCAGGGCUCAGGGACAGAAAAGCCUUUGGAAGCCUGGGCCAACAAGACAGCCAGCAUGGAGAAACAGGCUCCUCUAAUGCAGAUCACCUCAUCUCAGUGUGUUCCUGCUCCAGUGGCUUCUCUGCUGAUGCCCCCUGUGGUUUUCACACAGUCCACCUGUGCCCCACUGAGGGAGACUGAUAAUGGGCUCAUGCCUCUGGGCAGCCAAGAACUUCCUACUGCCUCCUCCAGCCUCCUGCCCCUGCAGAACUGGGAACCCUCCACCAUGGCUAGCAGCCCCCUCACCAGGCUGCAGCUCCAGGAGGCACUGCUGCACCUCAUCCAGAAUGAUGACAACUUCUUAAGCAUAAUCUAUGAAGCCUAUCUCUUCAGUGUGACACAAGCAGCCAUGAGAAAAGCCACGUGAGCAACUCUAUGAGAGCAGAGACUGGGGGAACUGGCUUUCUAGGUCCUUCCCGGGAACUGGGUGACCAAACGUGUUUCUACCUUUUUGACAAAGUAUAGUAAUACAAAGUAAAAUGGUUUUGGACUGUUGAACAUCUUGGGGGUUUUUUAUUCCUUGUUCUUGAAGAAUCCUAUCCUCCGGUAUACAAAUUGAGUGGGUAGAUGUUUUGGGCUCCGGUCAUAUAAGAUUAAAUUUUUCCUACAUUUAUGAGGCCAUUUUAAGAAGAAUUGGGCUCUUCAUGGGAGGGGAUGUUCUCUCCGAGCUAUUUAUUAAUAGCUGAAGCUAAAAAGAGCAAUUUCCUUGUGUUGGGCUCUGUGUGCAUGGUGCUUAAGAACCACCAGAGGGCAAUAUUACCCCACAAGUUACCUACUAAGGGUUUCAUGAGCUCUUGGAAGCAAUGGUGACUUUGUUUUUAACAAAGUCAGCCUUUCAUUUGUAAAGCUCCACUUGGCAUAUUUGAUCUGAGUCUUUGGAGAAAGACUUUCUGAAGGCAUUUCUAGCCAGUUUCUAUCUAGAAGGUGUUAACAGUGGCCCAAGACUUGAAGCAAUACUCACAUUUCUCAAUCCAGGGCACUGCUUGAGACCCAAACAGUAGGAUCGGCCUGCUCUCGCUUCCAGACAGACAGUCCCAUUUAGAAAAUGUGCUGGGGCGGGGGGGGGGGGGGGGGGGUCGCUUGAGAAUAGGUAGUGGCUAUUCAGGGCCAGAAGGUCGGAGAUUCUCCGAGCUCUAUAGCAGUCCUAUCGCUGCGUCCUGUGCAAAGAGAGAGAAAGCACAAUCCCAGAGGGAGGCCGAGAGCCUUGCAGUCUCAGAGGGAGCUUGUGGAAACUGACCCCUGCAGAGCAUGCACAGUGACUAAAGCUGCACGGUCUUACCGUGUACUUGUUCCUGGACCGUGAAAAGAGCGUUGGCUUAGUGCUUCCAGAAGGAUCUCAUUCUGCCCUGGAGAAUUUAAAAUGGAGGCUGGAGUGGGGAUGCAGACUUCCUUACAGCUUCUGAUGCGGGACCAGAAGUGUCUGAGCUUUGCUCCUUCUCCUAGCAGCAGGGAAGCAGCACCUGUCCUGCAUGCCACACGCUUUCCCCUGAGGAAGAAGAGGGGCGGGGGCUGAAGAGGAGCUGACCUCUGCUCACUACACUGUCCACUGUGCUUUACCUCUGGAAGGGAUGCCUCCCAUGUCAUCCAGCACUGCUGUGAACCCAUGGGAACCUUCAAACAAUUGACAGUAAUUAUACAUGUCUCCAUAGUCCUAUAAGGAGGAGGAAGCAAGAGGGACGGACAUCCAUGGUUCUGUGGUUCCCAGUCAGUAAAAACAGCAUCACUUUGUUAACAUGUCUACUAAAAUAGGCUGGGGGUGUACCUCCGUCAUAGAGCACUUG